CAGGGCAGGGCUGGGUAGUUAUAGUUAGAAACCCUAGACCUCCCAUUAGGUUAUUUCUGGGGCGGCCUCCGAAGAUCCAACAGCAUUUUCACCGGCGGCACGAUCAUCCUCAGCAGUCAUGGUGAAAUACUCAAAGGAACCAGAAAACCCCACCAAAUCUUGCAAAGCUAGGGGAUCAGAUCUCAGGUGUCACUUUAAGAACACCCGAGAAACUGCCCAUGCUAUCCGUAAGUUGCCUUUGAUCAAGGCUAAGAGAUACUUGGAAGAUGUCUUGGCUCACAAGCAAGCUAUUCCAUUCACCCGGUUUUGCCGUGGUGUUGGCCGUACCGCACAAGCCAAAAACCGUCACUCCAAUGGACAAGGACGUUGGCCCGCUAAGUCUGCAAAGUUCAUCCUUGAUCUGCUGAAAAAUGCCGAGAGUAACGCUGAGGUCAAAGGGUUGGAUGUGGAUGCUCUUCACAUUUCUCACAUUCAGGUGAACCAAGCACAGAAACAAAGACGUCGCACAUACCGUGCUCACGGAAGAAUUAACCCUUACAUGUCUUCGCCUUGUCACAUUGAACUCACUUUGUCUGAGAAAGAAGAACCAGUUAAAAAGGAGCCUGAGACACAGUUGGCUCCUAGAACCAAGAAGAACCAAGCUUAAGUCAGGAGUGCAUUUUCAUGAGUGAGGCUCAUAGUUUGUUGGUAGAAGGAAUUCUGUUUUUGUUUUCACUUAUUAUAUCAGAACCAUGUGUUUUUGUUUCCAAAGAUUCUUAUCCUCCUAUUUUCAAUUAUGAGGUACUUGUGCUUUAUGAAACUAAAAUGUUGAGCAAAACUUGUUCCAUUCAGGGCUGGUUGUCCAA